GUCGUGCGAUCGGUUUUCCCUGCCAGGCUCGCCUGGGCCAAUCUAGAUCUUCGGGAUGGCCGCUGCCACCUUGUUGUCGCUUGUCCCGCAGUGCAGGCAAAUCCCGUCGCUGGCAAGCGCAAGCCCAAUCGUCCGGGGCCAUGGGACGAACACCUCUCCCUCCCGGACCCCCUGGGAGGUACACACAGCAAUCAGUAGUACUCAGUACUCCGUACUCCGUGACAGUACUAGACACAUCAUGCUACCGCCAUGCAGGAGACACCAUGCACCCGUCCUCAUUCACUCAGGGCUGUGUGGUCUGAGGUCUCAGACCCCAGGUCAGGUCUUGUCUAAGGCAUUCUUUUACGUCGCUACGAUCCCCUCCUCCCCGCAGCCCAAGGGUACCUUACCGUCUUACGAUGGAUUCCCGGGCCCUCGCACCAUGGAUCUCUCACCCGUCCGCAGCACAAGACCCCCUUGAAAGUCGAAACUGACCUCUCAAGUGGGCUGUGCUUCGACUUCCACGUGCCUGACAAAAUGCCUUACCCACUCCUGUACCGUGGACGGGAUUGAGCUGGGCCAGGAACGGUAUUGGUACCGGCGUACCGCGCUGGUCCCCUGACCGCUGGCUGUGAUGCCGCUGCGUGUAGCACUCCGCAAUUGUAGUAGUUGGCUUCUUGGUACUAUGUACUCCGUACUUAGGUAUCUUUCUACUGCUAUGAAAUGGUACUAUCGCAA